GAGGGAAAAGACUAAUGUUUGUAGGAGAUUCACUGAAUAGAGGACAAUGGAUAUCAAUGGUGUGCCUUUUACAGUCUGCAGUUCGAGCAGAUAAGAGGUCCGUGUCUCCAAAUGCUCCUCUUACCAUCUUUAGAUCAGAGGAAUACAACGCCACGGUGGAGUUUCUAUGGGCGCCGCUUCUUGUUGAAUCUAACUCUGAUGACCCAGUCAAUCAUAGACUGGAUGAACGAAUCAUGCGUCCAGAUUCAGUUCUAAAGCAUGCAUCUCAGUGGCAGCAUGCUGAUAUACUGGUUUUCAACUCAUACUUGUGGUGGAGACAGGGCCCUGUUAAGCUGUUAUGGAGUACUGAAGAAAAUGGGGUUUGUGAAGAAAUAGAUGGGCGGGGAGGUAUGGAGUUGGCCAUGGAUGCCUGGGCAAAUUGGGUGGCUUCUGAAGUCGACCCCCUCAAGAAGCGGGUCUUUUUAGUGACCAUGUCCCCUACACAUUUCUCGAGCCAAGAGUGGAAACCGGAGAGUGAAGGGAAUUGUUACAAUGAGAAAACCCCCAUUGAUGAUGAAGGCUACUGGGGAAGUGGUUCGGACUUGCCUACGAUGCAAAUGGUGGAGAAGGUUUUGAGAAGGUUGAGUUCGAAGGUUUCUGUUCUCAAUAUAACUCAGCUCUCCGAGUAUCGAAAAGAGGGACACCCUUCCAUUUAUCGUAAGUUCUGGGAGACACUAAGCCCCCAGCAAUUGUUGAACCCAACAAGUUACUCUGAUUGUAUACAUUGGUGUUUACCUGGUGUGCCUGAUGUGUGGAAUGAGUUGUUAUUCCAAUUUUUGUAAAGGGCACAGUUUCUUUGAAGUGCAUAGUUAUUAAAAUUUUAGUUCUUGCCUUCUCGGAAACAGCCUCUCUGAUAAGGUUGCCUACAUUUAACCCUUUUCAGACUCUACAAUGGCGGAAGCUUGUACACUGGAUACAUUCUUUUAUU